AGUUUCCAGCCGGCGCUACAUCGGGCUUCCCCGGGUACGAUGGCGUCGAUGCUCCUCCGCCCGCUGCUGCUCGAGGCUUCCCAGCGCCUGUUCGCGGCGGCGAAUGGAACCCUCGCGCUUCGCUCUCAGCCGCGCCGAAGCAAAAAGCUCUGGCUCCGCGCUUACAUGGAGCAGCAGCGUUUGCUUGAGCCCCCCAAGCGCCGCUCUGAGAAGCCUAACUGGGAUUACCACACAGAAAUAGAGGCUUUUGGACACCGGAUACAUGAGACAUUCCCACUGGACCAACUCAAAACUGCAUUUGUUAAUCCCUGCUAUAUAACAAAGGAAGAAUCUAAACGCCAAGAAUUUGGACUAGAAAAAGAAAACCUUGCUCUUAAUCUCAAAGACAAUCAGGAACUUUAUCUGCAGGGGGCUUCCUUUUCACACUCUUAUCUCACACAGUGCUUUGAAGAGGCCUAUCCAAAAAUGCCACCUGCAGGCGUUGAGGCUCUUGUUAACUAUCUCACCAGUGAAGAAUUAGUAUCUUACAUUGCUAGAAACCUAUCUUUGCAAGACUUGACACUUUGUGCAGAAUUUCCUGUGCCACCUAAGGUGCUGCAGCAGACUUUUUUUGCUGUAAUAGGAGCUUUGCUUCAAGGUAACAGCAUUCAAAGAACAGAGAUCUUUGUCAGGGACUUCUUCAUCCCUCAGUUGAUAGGAAAGGACCUGUUUGAGAUAUGGAACAUUGUAAACCCCAUGGGCUUGCUGCUGGAAGAACUGGCCAAGAGGAAUAUAACUGCUCCAGAACCAAGGCUAACCAGGCAGUCAGGAGCUAGCACUGCCCUGCCCUUGUACUUUGUUGGAUUGUAUUGUGAUAAGAAGCUUCUAGCUGAAGGUACUGGUGAAACAAUAUUAGCUGCUGAAGAAGAGGCUGCCCGUGUGGCCCUGCGGAAACUUUAUGGCUUCACAGAGAACAGGCAACCCUGGCGUUACCCUUCUUUGAAAUGGGAGAAGAAAGCUGAAAAUGUUAUUAGCAGUAGUUAGGCAAGAAAGGUCAAGUCCAUUUACAACAAUACUGCAUUUCAAUAAGGAAAAUAUGUUUUCUUUCUGUUCUAUUGAACUCUGAAUUAAAAUGGAUUGAAUAAAAGUGAUCUAUCAGAGGA